AUGGCAGCAAUUUUGGAAUCAAACAAAUGCAAUGCGCAAUGUAUCAAGGAAAUUUAUGAUUUGCGUUCACUUUUUCGACAACUUCAAGAAAAUGGAAUCAAAAUUGCCAUUUGCACAUCCGAUAGCCGAAAGGGAACAUUGACAGCACUGCAAAAAUUAUGUCUGGAGAAACACGUUGAUAUGGUAGUUUGUGGAGAUGACGCUGGCGCUAUGCCGAAGCCGCACCCACACAAUGCUCUUUCCAUUUGUCGGACACUUGACGUUGAUCCUCAGGAUACACUUGUAGUGGGUGAUACUUUGGCCGACAUGGGCAUGGGGCGUUCUGCCAAUCUUGGUGGUACUGUAGGUGUGCUGUCCGGAGUGUGCGGCAUUAACGAACUACGGCCACAAGCCGAUCACAUUGUAAGAAUUUCAUAA